ACGAAGUAGUGCCCGAGCGGACGGACGGACCGAGAAGGGAGGAGCCAGGGUUUGCAAGCGGGCGGGCCUGGCUGCGCUAUGAGCCACCCUGCACUGGUGCCUCAGCCCAGGCUCGCUUUAACAAGGGCCACGCAAAAGACGCGAGCACAGGCCGCCACCAGGGCACCGAGGACGCCAACGCAGCGAGAGGCCGAGCGGAAGCGGCCCCGCCGGAAGCGGAAGGGCGGCGAGCAGCUAGCGGCGUCUCGGUUGCCAUGGAGACGGGCGGAGCCGAAGCCCCGCAAUCUGGCGAGUCCGGGUCCUGCGCUCUCGGGGCAGCGACCUGGACGCCGGCGUCGCGCGUGGCCCGGGGCCGCAGCCCCAGCGAGGCCACCCGGCUGCCCUCCUUAGCCUACUCCGAGGCCUUCCACUACGGCUUCGGGAGCCGGGCCCGCCGCGUGGGGCCCCCGACGCCCCAGCCGCUCCCGGAGCCGCACUUGCUGCGUCUGCGCCCCACCUCGCUGCGCACCCAGGACGUCUCGCACCUGCUCACCGGCGUCUUCCGCAACUUGUACACGGACGAGGUGGUCGGCGCGGACCUGAGCGCGAGCUUGAUCAAGGCCCGCGGCGGCGAGGAUGCGCGCCACGAGGAAUUCGUGGACGAGCUGCGGCGGAUUCGGGAGGUCUAUAAGCAGCGACUGGAUGAAGUUGAAAUGUUGGAGAGACAUAUCAUUCAGGCCCGCGCCCGGGCUCUUGCAGAGAAAGAACGGAUCAUGCAACAGGCCAAAGUGCAUGUCCUUGAGAAUUUUAUCACGGUGCCUCCAGUGAAGUCUAUCUUCAGAUGGUGUGUGGACAGUGAGUUGCUACAGAAACAUCAUUUGAUCUCUCCAGACGAUUACUACAGUGACACGGUGCCAUUUUGCUCUGCACCUAAAGGUGUCUCCAUCCCUGGAUAUUCCAAACUCACAUUCAGUUGUGAGAAGCAUUCCGUCCCGAAGAAGCACCUGACCAAGAAGCUCGAGGCUUCCUGUGAGGAGAUGCUCACUAAGGUUAAAGACGAGUUAGACUACACCGUGGACAGCCAGACAGGGGACUUGUCCCUAAAGGGCAAAUGCAAGACUGUCAAGGCAGGUCCAUCCAAGAAUGCAAAGUGGAUGAGCCACUUACACGUGCCCCAAAGAGAACUGGAGCGACUUCUGCUUGUCAGGAUGGAGAGUCGGAACCGCUUCCUAAAAAACCCUCGGUUUUUCCCUCCUAACACUCCCCAAGGAGGCAAGUCUCUUCUCUUUCCCCCAAAGAAGCCAAUGCUGACAGGAGACUUCCCGAGUGGAGAUCUGGAGGAGAGUUGUGUGGAUACUCCCGUGUUUCUGGCUAAACCAUCAAUCGGAUUUUUCACGGAUUAUGAAAUUGGGCCAGUUUAUGAGAUGGUAAUCUCCCUGCAGAACACCACCGCAACCAGCCGCUACCUGCGAGUCAUCCCGCCCUCCACGCCGUACUUCGCUCUGGGAUUGGGGAUGUUCCCAGGAAAAGGUGGAAUGGUGGCCCCUGGGAUGACCUGCCAGUACACUGUCCAGUUUUUUCCCGACUGCCUUGGAGACUUUGAUGAUUUUAUUUUAGUGGAGACCCAAUCAGCUCACACACUCCUGAUCCCCUUGCAGGCCAGGAGGCCACCCCCAGUGCUGACGCUGUCGCCAGUUUUGGAUUGUGGUUACUGCCUCAUUGGGGGAAUGAAGAUAACCAGAUUCAUCUGCAAAAACGUGGGCUUCAGUGUUGGCAAAUUCUGCAUUAUGCCCAAAAAGAGCUGGCCACCACCAAGUUUCAGGGCUGUUGCAACCAUUGGCUUCGUUGAGCAACCUCCUUUUGGAAUCCUACCUUCAGUGUUUGAGCUGGCUCCUGGGCAGGCCGUAUGUAUGGAGGUUUUGUUCCUCCCAACGAGCCUAGAAAAGGCAGAGCAGACCUUCAUCGUUGUGUGUGACAACUGCCAGAUAAAGGAGCUGGUGACCGUAGGAAUCGGGCAGCUGGUUGCUUUGGAUCUGAUCUAUAUUUCUGGUGAAGAAAGUCAUCCGGAGCCUGGAGAGCUCACAGACUUAACAGCCCAGCACUUCAUACGCUUUGAGCCUGAGAACCUUCAAUCCACAGCUAGAAAACAACUGAUUAUUAGAAAUGCUACGCAUGUGGAGCUGGCCUUCCACUGGCAGAUCAUGAAGCCCAAUCUGCAGUCCCUAAUGCCUGGAGAAACCUACAGCCUGGACAGCCUCAAGUACCACCCUGACAGGGAGACGGCCUUCUCCAUCCUGCCUGAAAGGGGGGUUCUCGGCCCACACACGGACCAUGAGUUCAUCCUCACCUUUUCUCCUCAUGAGCUGAGGGAUUUUCACAGUGUGCUCCAGAUGGUGCUAGAGGAAGUCCCAGAGCCCCUGAGCUUGGAAUUGGAAAACCUGAAGGAUUCGUCCUUCUCUGUGGAUGACGUGAUUGUCCUGGAAAUCGAGGUGAAAGGCUCAGUGGAACCCUUCCAGCUUCUCUUAGAACCAUACGCCCUCAUCAUCCCUGGGGAGAACUACGUUGGCAUAAAUGUAAAGAAAGAUUUUAAGAUGUGGAACAACAGCAAAUCCCCCAUCAGAUACCUGUGGGGGAAGAUCAGUGACUGCCACAUCAUUGAAGUGGAACCCUGUGCGGGGACCAUAGAGCCCAAUGAGGUGGAGGAUUUUGAGUUGAGCUUCACGGGGGGCGUCCCUGGCCCAGUAAGCCAGGACCUGCUGUGUGAAAUCCAAAACUCCCCCUCGCCAGUGGUGUUACACAUUGAGGCGGCCUUUAAGGGGCCCGCCCUGGUCAUCAGUGUCUCAGCCCUUCAGUUUGGUUUGCUGCGCCUGGGGCAGAAAGCUACCAACUCCAUCCAGAUCCAGAACAUCAGCCAGCUCCCGGCCACGUGGUGCAUGAAGGAGAGCCCAGUCUGCCUCCAAGAGAGGCAUGAAGAUGUGUCUCCCUUCGACAUUGAGCCCUCUAGCGGCCAGAUUCACCCUCUGGGGGAGUGCAGAGUGAACAUCACUUUGGAGGCCAAGCAGUGCCAGCGUCUGCAGACAGUCCUAGAGCUGGAGGUGGUAAACGGGACCUGGAGCUACCUUCCUGUGUAUGCCGAGGUACAGGAGCCCUAUGUGUACCUGCAAAGCAGCCAUGUGGAAGUCAGGAACCUGUACCUUGGUGUGCCUGCCAAGGCAACCAUUACACUCAUCAAUGGCACACUCCUGCCUACCCGAUUCCACUGGAGCAAGCUGCUGGGGCACCAAGCAAGUGUCUGCACAGCAAAGGUCUCCCCUCGACGUGGCACACUGGGUCCCAGUGAGGAGCGCCAGCUCAACCUGGAGCUGACUGCUCAUACUGAGGAAGAGCUGAGUGAUCUGGCCCUCCCUUGUACCGUGUCUGGCAUGAAGGAGCCACUGGUUCUGGGCAUUUCUGGGAAGCCCCAGGGACUGCAAGUGGCUAUUGCCAUCUCUAUGGAGGGCUCUGACAGCAGUGUUCCCAGCACAGCGCUGUGGCCGGGCCACCUGGAGGAGCUCCGCCUUGACUUCGGCUCGAAGGUGCCUCUGAGGACCCGCAUGAACUGCCAGCUCAUCCUGACCAAUCACUCCCCGAUACAGACGCCUUUCACCCUCAAGUUUGAGUACUUUGGGAGCCCCCAGAACAGCCUGAACCAGAAACCCAGCCUCCCCAACAUGCCCCCUGCCCUGCUGAAGACGUCUCGGAUUCGAGAACACUUGGCCAAGCGAGAGCAGCUGAAUUUUAUGGAAAGCAUGUUGUCACAUGGGAAAGGAGCUGCCUUCUUUCCCCACAUUUCCCAGGGCACACUGGGGGCCCACCAACAGCUGAGCAUCGACAUCACAGGCUAUGCCAACAUGUGGGGCGAGUACUGGGACAACCUCAUCUGCACGGUGGGAGACCUGCCACCAGCAGUCAUCCCGGUGCAUAUGGCAGUGGUAGGCUGCCCCAUCAGCUCCCAGAGGACCACCUACUAUACCACUGACCAGUUGCAGAAGGAGCCUAUCAUCAGGUUCGGCACCCAGGUCUCCGGAGGAGACACAGUCACCCGGGUCCUUCGCUUGAAUAACUCCAGCCCCUGUGACAUCCGCCUGGACUGGGAAACCUACACUCCGGAAGACAGAGAGGACCGGCUGCUGGAGCUGCUGGUGUUUUAUGGGCCACCUUUCCCACUGCGGGACCAAGCUGGGAAUGACCUCUCGUGCCCAGAGACCCCUGAGAGCAGCAGUUCCUUCUGGUCCUCAAGCCCCUCUAACACGUCAGACUCCAGCCAUGAAGCUGCCCAGUCUGCCGAGGGCAGUGACAGAGCCUCGCAGAAGAUCAUCUCCGUUGUUCUGCGGGAGCAUGAUGGGGUGCCCGCCGACCACCUGUACUGCGUCAGCCCCAAGCAGGUGGUGGUCCCCACGGGGGGCAGCAGCACCAUCUCCAUCUCCUACACACCUAUGGUCCUUGGCCCUGAAGUCCUGCACAAGGUGAAGUGUGUCGGCUAUGCCCUGGGCUUCAUGAGCUUGGAUGACGAGGCAGAACGAGAGCUUCCAGGUAGGAGGCAUCGCCUGCAGGACUUUGCCGCAGGACCCCUGAGGCUGGACCUGUGUGGCUACGUGAGGCCCGCACAGCUAAGCAUGGAGCUGGAUUACGGUGGUGGUGUGGAGUUCCGGCACCAGGCCAGUGACCUCAUCCCCGAGCAGCCCUGUACUGGGGUGCUGAGUGAGUUGGUGACCACCCACCACCUGAAGCUGACCAACACCACAGAGAUCCCACAGUACUUCCAACUCCUGGUCUCCAGGCCCUUCUCUGUUUCUCAAGAAGGGGCCAGCCGCAGCCGCAGAGCUCCUGGCCCUGGCCGAGAGGAAGAGCCUGCCACGGCUAGCAAGCAGCUGGUGCUCCACCCCCAGGAAAAUAUGCUGGUGAACGUGUCCUUCUCACUGUCCCUGGAGCUGCUCUCCUACCAGAAGCUCCCGGCUGACCAGAUGCUGCCCGGGGUGGACAUUCGGCAGCAUGCCAGCGGGGAGAAAGAGAUGGUGUUUACUCAGAGCCUGCUCCUGGAGUACGCCAACCACACCACUCAGGUGGUGCCCCUGAGAGCCACCGUGGCCGUGCCCGAGCUGCAGCUCUCCACCAGCUGGGUGGACUUCGGGACCUGCUUUGUGAACCAGGAACGGGUCCGGGAGGUCUACCUCAUGAACCUGAGCGGCUGUCGGAGCUACUGGGCUGUGCUGAUGGGUAGGCUGGGCCUGCCCCCCACUUCCUGUGCAGGCUGGCACCUCGUGGGAGGCCCUGCAGAGAAGGCUGGUUCCCAAAUCCCAAGUGAUCCCAGGGUGGCCUUGCUUCAUGGCCCUGGGCCAGACCCGAGGUGCACCCCUGGGAUGAGGUGGGGUAAGUGUGGGGGGAACACAUGGAGCUGCCCAGGCUCCUGUGUGCCCCCUUCCCUCGGUGUAGGCCAGCAGGACCCAGAUAAGGACCUUGCAGCCUUCAGGGUAUCUCCAAACAGUGGGCUGCUGGAGGCACGACUGGUCAAUGCCCCCCCAAAUACCAUUACCCUCCAAGUUUUCUUCACUGCCAGGAGCAGUGAGCUGUAUGAGUCCACGCUGGUGGUGGAAGGUAUGCUUGGCGAGAAGGCCUGCACCCUACGGCUCCGGGGCCGAGGCUCUUAUGAUGAGAGAUACAUGUCACCCCACCAGCUCUGAGGCUCUGCCCUCAGCCCUCCAGCUUUGGAAAUAAAACAUGACCCAGAGCUAAGGAACAGGUUUGCUGUGCAGGGGUGCAUGCUGAAGACCUCCAAGCAGCUCAUGGGCCGGAAGGGACUCCCUUACAGUGCUCUCUGCCCAAGCACCGAGCUGGGCCAGAGGCAAGACCAGUGACAGCCAGAACUGGCCCUUGGGAAAAACUGCAGCCACCAAGAUGAGAAUACAUAUUUACUGUCUGCUGCAUUCCUCACUCCCAGGACUUACACAGUGGCCUGGGUGACCUGGCAGAGGGCAGCUCUGUACCUCAGCCACUCCUGUACUGUGUCACCAGUGCUCAUGUUAGUCCCAGUGCUGCCACCACCACCAGAGCAGAGCCAGGGAGCGCCCCUAGCCCGGGGCCUCACUCAGUUUCCAGGGUAUUCAAAGACAGCAGCAGCUCCCAUCCCGGUCCCGAUGCACAUGGACACCACCCCGUACGCCCUGUGGAAGCAAGACUGUGUUUGCCCUUGGUACCUUCACCCAGCCAAGGCCUCACCACCGAGCUCUCCCCAGAUCUCUGGGCAUACAGUUCCCAGACUGCCCACCUAAGCCCACACUCAGGGUGGCAGGUACUUGGCGCAGGCCAGGGUGCCACCCUCGCUGGUUCCCAGGGAAAACAGGGGUCAUGGCCCCGUGUCUUCAGCUGAGUGUGUGCAUGUGUGCUUCCCCCUCAACUACCCUGGCUUGGGCACCCCACAGAACACCCCCACAGCCAGCCAGCCUUACCUCUUCCCACGGCGCUUCAGUUCAUUGAGGAGCGUGAUGACCUGUCGAGCUCCAGUGCAGCCCAAUGGGUGACCCAAGGCCACUGCACCCCCCAGAGGGUUCACCUUCUCGGGGGGGAGUCCUAGCUUCUCCACACAGUAGACAGCCUGAAAGGAGGCAGAGCAUCAGCUAAAGCUCCCCCCACCCCGUACCAUGUGCCCACAGGCUCCAACUCGGCUCUCCAAGACCCAGGCAACAGUGAGAAAGAAAAGCUUACCUGGCUUGCAAAGGCCUCAUUGAUCUCAAAGAUGUCCACGUCCUUUACCGUCAGCCCUGUCGGCACGGGGGAAAGACCUGAGCUGACCCAGUGGACCCCUGGUAGGACUCUGUCUCCCCAGGGCCCCAUCCUAUCCAUGGCCUAAAGGCAAAUCCACAAGGGUCCCAGCUGUAAGGUCAGGAAGGGCUUGGGGUAGGGGUGCUAGCCUGACCCACCUUCCCUCUGCAGCAUUCACAUGACCUCGCCCACCCCACUGGUAACAGCACGAGGCAGGAGUGGGAUACAGAUAUAGAUUGUGAAGGAUCCACCUUACCUGCUUUUUGCAAAGCUACAGGGAUGGCAUAGGCUGGCCCAAUGCCCAUGAUGUCAGGUGGGACCCCAACCACCGCAUAGGACCUCAGGACCCCAAGGACGGGAAGGCCCAACUCUUCUGCCUUGGACCUCCGCGCCAGCAGGAGGGCAGCUGCCCCAUCGCUCACCUGACUAGAGUUUCCUAGAGGCAAACAGCGGGGGUUAGGGUGCCCUGGAGCAGGGCGGAGGUGGUCCACCUGUUCACCGUGCCUGGGGGCUCCAGGCUCCCAGAGAACACGGGGGAUGGACGCAGCCCCUCCUGCCCCUCCCCCAGCCCAGUCUCACCAGCCGUGGUAGAGCCGCCCUGCUUGAAGGCAGGCUUCAGUUUGGCCAGGCCCUCCAUGGUGGUGUUGGGGCGGAUACCCUCAUCCUGGGCCACGGUGAUGAUCCUCUCGGCGCCCUUGUCAUCAUGGACCGUGGUGGUGACAGGCACAAUCUCAGCUUGGAAACAGCCCUUGCUCUGGGCUCUGGCCGCCCUGCCAGCACCAUGGACAGCCAGGCUCAGGCUCCCUUGGGGUUCCCUUCCUUCCAGGGGUCCCUUCCUUCCAGGGGCAGACGCACCACGUUCUCAGGCUGCUAAACAGGGGGACAUGCUUGCCUUGGGGGAGCUCUAAGGGACUGCUGUGGGCCCUUCUCCCCCAGCCUGGGAGCCUGAGGCCUCAUGGGCCUUCUUCACCAUCAACCUCCUAUUUUCAAAUCCUGGCCAAUCCCAACCUUGAAGGAAGGGGGAGAUUUAGAUGUGGUGAGCCCUUCACCCAAGAGGGACUGAGCCUGCUCAGUUCUCUGGGCCAAACUGAACAUACAGCCCCAGGAACAUUUGUGCUGGGUUCUACCAACUUGUCUGUUCCAUCCCAAUGGCUCAAUUUCAACUAUUCCCCGGGUUCUACUCAUUUAAAAUGAUAGGCACUAAAUUACUUAAUGAAUCUUAGUAUUUAAACAGUACACAAGCAUUAAGAUGAUCCUUGCACUUAUAUGCAAGAUGUCAGUGCCCAGGGGUUUCCCCUGGCGAAGAUUCCAUAGUUUUCAGCAAAUUUUCAAAUGCUUCCUUAACCCCAAGGGUCUAAGAACCACUGCCUCUGAGAAGCCCAAUCCUUUCUUUUGUCCCUGUCCUCUGGGCAUUUGGGGCUGGCCAACCUCAGCCUGCCCAUGUCCAGAGGCCUGAGCCCCGGGGGGUCUUCUAAUGCUACCCAGACCCAAGAGGGGUCCGGAAGCUGGGAUGCCAGGGUCCCCAGCAGUGCAGGCCCCACGAUCCAGGCUAUCCAGAGAAGCCUAGGGCUGCCAUAUCUAAUCGCCAAACCACAGACAAUCAGAGAAGAGUCCUGAUUCUUGUUACAUCUCAUGAAUAGAUGGGGAAAAGAAGCCCAGCUAAGGAGACACUCAGGGUAAACAGACAGUGAUAGGACAUGGAAGAACUAUCAGCACGCUUCCAGCACUUCCCCAGUCCCUGCCCACCUCUCCCUCCUGGAGGGAGACUGCAGUUAGGCUUGGAAACCACUCCCUGGCCCACCUGUAGCCUAAGGGCAGCUCCACCUGAGGCCACUUAAUCCCGCCCCUUAGAGACCCUAUCCCAAACAGCACUCACUUUUGCUGGGAAGCCAGGGCAAAAGUAUCCUGCUUCUCCCGUGAAAUGCCAAAUCUCUCAGCUACAUUCUCUGAAGUUAUCCUAAAACAAAACCAGCACACUGUGGGGACAUGCCAAACAGCCUUCGGGCCUGGGCCAGGCUGCAUAGCUGUGCCUCCAACUCUGGGUCCCUGCAGCUGUAGGUAGAGACCAGGAGGGCCAGUCCAGGCCACGGAGAUAGAUGACUCAGGGUGGAGUGUGGGGGCAGAGAGGGAGGCAGCAGGGUUGGCUGGACCCUAAGAAGCUUGUAUGCCAGAAAGACCAGCCCAGCAGCGGGGCAGAUGAGGGAACAGCUGGGGACACUAAUUGGUUACUCCUAUGCCGUGAGGAAAGCUACUCUGGUGUGGGGAGAGGAGGGUCCCCAUAGGCCCCUGGGAAGGCUAUCUACAGGCUUUCUGCUGUGAAGAGAGCCUGUCCUCACGCUGGAAACCCAGAGCCACAGGUAGGCCUUCCAACCUGGGCUCUGGCUUUAGAGGCUUCCCUGGGAGACAGGGUUCCUGGAUGUGGAUGCAACCAGGACACCUGCCCCUCUCUGAGCCUUCAAUCUCACAUUCAGGGGAGCCAGGACUCUCUGCUUAUGGACUUGGGGGAUGGCCCAGAGGCUCAGCGAUGUUGGCUGCAGAGCAAUGGCGCUGAGCAAAUGCAAGGCACUGUGAUGUUGCACUGUGAUGUUACAUCUCAAAGCCCUUCCACUCCCAUGUUUCUAAGCCUCCAAGGCUUUGGCGCGCAGCUGCCAUUGUUCCCUGUGCGACUGGCUCCUCAGGGUGGAAAUGACAGGCUGGGCCAUGGCUGGAAACCUAGAGGUGCAGAGGACCUGGAAGCCUCAAGAAAGGGAAGUUGGGAGCAGCCAGAUGCCAUCCCCAUGUCCCAUCAAAGCAGAACAAGCCCAAAGGCCAGAUGCCACAAGAUGAUCCAAGUCUGUGCUUCUGCUCCCGGCCAGGAAGGGAGCUGAGGGGACACACUCACCCCAUAGGAAUCAGGCAAUCUCUGGCCUUCUUCUUCUCCACCAAGCGUGAAGUAAUAUUUCCAGGGUUUCCUCUGUCAGCCAGGGACAUGGACUCUACCCUGAGGAGGCAGCAGAGGAGGGAGUCACUCUCAGGGCACCCUCCAGGGAUAGCUGUGCAACUGGCAAGUGCUGGGAAAUAGUCAGGGGGCCCUGGGAAAUCCAGCAGACCAUCUGGGAACCCUGGGCAGGGCACUGGCCAGCAGGGCAGAGCUGGGGGUGCAGGGUGGCUGAGGUCACCUCCACCCCAGGACAAAGCACUCCCAGGGAGUCCACAUAGUCCACACUCCCAGGCAAGGCUAUGCUUCCCUAACACAAAUGCUCCUGUAGCCAGCCAAUCAGUAGUUCCCAAGGAAAGCUGCCUAGUGGGGGGAAGCACAUCCAGGAGGCCUGGGCCCUGCCCUCAGACACCACAGGUUCAGAGGGUAGAAGAGCCAAAUAUUUUAAAAGCCAUAGAUCAGAGGGCAUCUGACCUGCACUGACCAGGAGGUGCUGGGAGCUCAGAGGAAGGCAAGAUCACAGUUUAGAGCUGUAAUCUAAACUGUGAUCUGCUUCAAGGCAGGGUGCCUGGGUGGCAGAGUCAGUUAAACAUUCCAACUCUGGGUUUCAGCUCAGAUCAUGACCUCAGGCACACAGCUGCCAUUGUUCCUUGUAUGUGCCCCAAGUCCAGCACCAAGCUCAGUGCAGAGUCUGCUUGGGUUUCUCUUUCAUUUUCCCCCUGCUCCUCCCCUGCAGCUGGGGCACAGACGCAUAUACCUGCUCACUCACUCACUCUCUCUCAAAUAAAUCUUUAAAAAAAAGA